AUGGUCCAGCCAAAAAUCACUCCAAAGCCUUCAUAUAAUGCAGACCACUCCUUCUCAUUCCUAUUUCACCAUACAACCUCUAAAGCUUCAUAUAAUGCUUCCCCUACUAAAGUUCCUUCCUCAGUCUAUGGUCUCCCCAAUCAACUCAAGCCUUCAUAUAGUGUCCCACUCCUUCUCAGUCAUAUGUGUUCCCUUCCGGUUCCGUCUUACGGCCCACCAAUACAAACUCCAAAGCCUUCAUAUAAUGCUCCCACUCCUUCUCAGUCAUAUGGUCCACCAAAAUUAACUCCAAAGCCUUCAUAUAAUGCUCCCACUCCUUCUCAGUCUUAUGGUCCACCAAAACUAACUCCAAAGCCUUCAUAUAGUGUUCCCUCUCCUGCUCCGUCUUACGGCCCACCAAUACAAACUCCAAAGCCUUCAUAUAAUGCUCCCACUCCUUCUCAGUCCUAUGGUCCACCAAUACAAACUCCAAAGCCUUCAUAUAAUGCUCCCACUCCUUCUCAGUCUUAUGGUCCACCAAAACUAACUCCAAAGCCUUCAUAUAAUGCUCCCACUCCUUCUCAGUCUUAUGGCCCACCAAAACUAACUCCAAAGCCUUCAUAUAAUGCUCCCACUCCUUCUCAGUCCUAUGGUCCACCAAAAAUAACUCCAAAGCCUUCAUAUAAUGCUCCCACUCCUUCUCAGUCUUAUGGUCCACCAAAAUUAACUCCAAAGCCUUCAUAUAAUGCUCCCACUCCUUCUCAGUCUUAUGGUCCACCAAAAUUAACCCCAAAACCUUCAUAUAAUGCUCCCACUCCUUCUCCGUCUUAUGGUCCACCAAAAUUAACCCCAAAACCUUCAUAUAAUGCUCCCACUCCUUCUCAGUCAUAUGGUCCACCAAAACCUUCAUACAGUGCUCCCACUCAGUCUUAUAAACCACCCUUAUCAACUCCAAAGCCUUCCUACGGUGCUCCCACUCAGUCUUAUAAACCACCCUUAUCAACUCCAAAACCUUCAUACAGUGCUCCCACUCAGUCUUAUAAACCACCCUUAUCAACUCCAAAGCCUUCAUAUAGUGCUCCCACUCCUCCUCAGUCCUAUGGUCCACCAAAUCAAACUCCAAAACCUUCUUAUAUUCCUCCUGCACCUAUUCAAUCCUACGGUGCACCAAAUCAGACCCCUAAACUUUCCUAUAAUACUCCCACUCCUCCUCAGUCCUAUAGUACUCCUAAACCCUCUUACAAUUCUCCUACUCCUGCUCAAUCAUAUAGUCCAUCAAAAGAAACUCCGAAACCAUCUUACAGUCCUCCUACCCCAGUGCAGUCAUAUGGACCUCCCAAACCAUCCUCAAAACCCUCUUAUGUGCCUCCAAUUGUUAAUCAAAUUCACAAUCCUGUCAUACCAUCAAUAACUUAUUCAAGCCCUUCAUCACUUGAUUUUAAUUCUAAUUCAAAUCUUGCAUCUGCAAUUUCUUCCAAUGAAAAAUCCUCUGGAGCAAACUACUCUCCACCAGUGCAAUCGUAUCCAACUACUAUUAAACCAGUACCUGGACCUUCAUAUGCACCUCCAUCGCAAGCUUACAAACCCAGCCCAGUACCAUCGUAUGUCCCUCCUCAAACUCAGAAGGAUAACUACGUGCCUCCCUUACCCUCAUAUAAACCACCUGCCCAUGUGCAGGGUCCUAGCCCACUUCCUUCAUAUACUCCUCCUAAAACACAGGCAACACCUGGAGCAAAAUAUGAAGCACCAUCAAAUUCUUAUGGGUCACAGCCUACACCAGCUUAUAAUGCUCCUGUUUCUCCAGUCUACAAUCAACCCUCAAUACCAAGUUACACUCCACCAGAUAAUGCUUACAAUCCUUCAGCACUGGAGUCUCCUUCUUAUCAGCCUCCUGCAGCUGGUCAAUCUUAUACUCCUACUGAAUACCAGAAAGGAAUGCCUUACGAAUUUGCCUACAAAGUACUAGACGAGUAUAGUGGUAAUGACUUUGGCCAUCAAGAAUCCUCAGAUGGUGAUAUAACGAGUGGUCAGUAUCAUGUCUUGCUUCCUGAUGGACGAACACAGGUGGUCACUUUCACAGCUGACAACAACAAAGGAUAUGUGGCUGAAGUUAGCUAUGAUGGUGAUACUUUACAUCAACCAACAAAUUCCAAUGGUUAUAACUAGCCUAGAUGAUCCAAAUGGACCAUCCUAUGAAAUACUGAAAUUCAUGUUAAGUUCUCCAGCUCUUCAAAUAGGUAUUAGAAAUGACCCAAGGGCUAUGAUACUAUAAUAGGACUGACAACAAAUUGUUAAAUGAUGCCUGAACCUUGUUUUAAAGUUUCAGUUCCUGAGUAUCAUAAAUGCUAUCUUGAUACCUGUCUCUAGAGCACGAGUGCUAACUCUCAUUGCGCAGGUACGCUUCAGCUUGUGUUUCUAAUGCAAAAAAUUGUAUCCUUAGGCCAAUAUCUUGUGCUUCUUUCAUGCAGCUGUUGACCAACCUGGCCCAAUCUGUCAUACUUGUCAUGAUAAACAUGACAUUUACACCCAAUUUCAAGUUUGUUGAAACAAACUUGAACGGUGAAUCUGACAGUGAGCACAGUUCGCUAAUGCAGAAUUAUAUGUAGGGUAAAGAUUUUACCAAGUGCAAAAUUUUCCUUUAAAUGGCACUAAUGUAUAAAAAGUAAAGUACAAGUAGAGCAGUAUGUCAAUUUUACUGUUUUCUCUUUGUAAAUCCUACGACCUCUAAUCAACAAUAUAACACAACCGUAAAGAAGACAUCUGGAAUUAGUAUAAUCUCAGACAUAAUGAAUAAGGGUUGUGAGCUGACUCAAAGUUUGAUUUGUAAUUCUGAUCUUGAAAGGUUGAAAGUCAAGAAGCAUCAAGCGUUCACAGAACGAAUGUACUUCCUUAGUUAUACGAUGAUUGAGGAACCACAGCUCCUCAGACUACAGCUCAAAUAUUUUCUGCUAUGCAGUUUCUGGGCAAUGCUAAAAAUCAAAGCUUAUCUUGAAAUGCUAGACUCUAUAAAUGGUGUAUGACUUGCCUCUUUGGCCUACAAAUCUUAGCAUCAUGCUCAGCAUCUCCAGUACCUUUUCUUACUGUUACCGUAUAUAUUAUUAUCGAGUACAAUAUUUAAGAAAUGUAUUUUUUAUACGUGAUGAUGAUGUAUAUACAAAUAUAGUUUUAUAUUGUUUUAAUUUA